GAGGAUUGUAGUCAUUUCUAGUUCUAUAUUGUGUGAUGUAGAUAUAUUUACAUUUAGUCAAAUAUAUAUUAUAAUAUAUAUUAUAUACAUUUAGAAUAAAAACAUAAGGGCUGUGCUGAAUACUUAUCAACUUAAUUUUAAAUUUCUUGAUAUAGAAAAAUAUAAUGCACAAGUUAGUUUUUAAGUAUUUAGUCGUUCGAUGUCACCCUCAAAUUGACUUAAAUUGUACUGCGGUUGUUUGCUACACAGUGCACAGUUUUUUAUGCAAAAGGAUGGGUAUCGUUUAAAGGUCUUUUUUAAAUAUUCCAAGGUUUGACUUGAAAAUGGCUCCAUAAUAUUCAAAAUUAUAGGCUCGAUUAGUUCGCUUUUAUCACAAUAAUCGAUUAGUUCGCUUUUAUCACAAUAAGCAAAUUUCUCACUUUGACUAAAGAACAAAUUUUGAGAACAAAUGUUAAAAAAGAUGAAUCUUUUGCAUUAAUAGAAAACUUAAUGAAAAUGAAAUAUUUAAUGUUUUUAACUUUUCAUAUUUUAUUCUUAUGCAACUUAAAAGCAAAAAACAACCUUAAAUAUUUAACAACAGACCUGAGAACAGUACUGAACAGUUUAUACACCUGUAUUUGGGAGGGAAUGCCCGGCCGCCAAGAGCCUCACAGACUUGCUAUGCAGCACCGAGCCUCCGUUAGGCAGUACAAAUUUCAUACUAAAACUAAAAAAAAUUUACUCGAAAAGGAAGAUAUUUCAUAAGCAAAUUCUAAAACGAAUUCGAUUUGAUUUGUUAAAAAUCUGUUAUUUAUAAAAUAUAUUUUUUUUUGCUGAUUUUAUUAAAAAAUUAGAUAAUUCAUUAAAGCAAUAGUUUUGCAUCACAAGAUUUAUCUAAACAUAAUUAAUUUUUCAAAAAUAGGAGGCUUGCUACUGCUAGCAAAUCUGGGAGGCUCAUGACGGUCGAGGCCGGGUUCCCUCCCACAUGUAGCUGACAUAAUAUUUGGAUUACCAAACAGCAGCAGUUUCCUUCUAAACUAUUUAAAUCCGUCUACUAACUAAUUAAUUAUUUCAGAGUAAACAUGUUCAGGAAAUAUAAAAUUCCCGAUGUUUAAAAUGAUGCUAGGGAACCUUAUCACCAGAUCUUACAAUUGUCAUGUCAGGAUACAAGGAUGGAUACUUCUUCCAAAUUUUUGUCACCUUACCCUCUCAUCUAUCCUUUGUCGGGCUUAUUCUUCCAAAUAUUCACAUUUUUACAGGAUACUUGAACUUCCAGAUAAUUCUGAUAAGGAAUCUGUGAGGCGGAAGUACAUAGAGCUAGUCAAACUUUAUCAUCCAGAUAUUACCUCAGAUCUUACAGAUAAAUUCAGUGAGAUAGAUUCAGCGUUCAAAUCCUUGCAGCGGAAGUUUAAAGAAGAUGAAAUGAGAGAAGAGCAGAGUUCUGGAGAAUAUGGAUUAUAUUACAAGGAGAAGGUUGAAGACGAAGAACAUGAAUAUCCUGAAAUAGAUCAUAUAGCUCCUCAACAUCGACAAUGUUUUUUAGGAGAAGGUUGAAGUCGAAGAAGAUCA